GAGGCGCGGGAAUCAGUGACUGCUGGCUGACAUUGUAUUUCAAAUUAAAGUUUUAUAGAGUGGACGUUCGAAAAAGGUGCUAACCGAUAGUAAUUUAAAUUUGAUCAUAGUUUGUCGUGAUUGUCAUAUCUGAAUUAUGAGUUGCGGAAUCAUGUCGCUUUGAGCCGGUCGUCGAUUGUGCAAAUUUUCAAUAUUGUUAUUGCCGGUAGUAAAGAUUAAUUUAUUGUGGGUAUUGAGUUUUUGGCCGCUUUGUGGAGAUUUUAGUGCGAGAAGUAUAUGCUCACGAUUCUGCAGGGAAAGCAGGUUCACGGGUCUGUUGACAUUCAAAAUCAAACCAAUCUAAUGCAAAUCAGACAAGUUUUGUUGUUGUUCUGAGAAGCUUUCUGUUCGGGUGUUUCGCUGUUUACGAUGAGGCUCAAACGGCACGAUAUAAUGCUAUCGUUGGUGCUACAGUUGUUGUACAGUUGCAAGCUAGUGUUAGGACAUGGUCGACUGAUGGAACCACCAGCCCGUAAUGCGAUGUGGCGUUUCGGAUUUCCCAAUCCAGUAAACUACAACGACAAUGAACUGUUCUGCGGUGGAUACGCCGUCCAGUGGGAACACAACGGUGGAAAUUGUGGGGUUUGCGGAGAUGCGUAUAAUUUGCGAAGCCCUCGACCACACGAAGCAGGAGGAGAAUACGGCAAAGGUAUUAUCUCCCGCCGAUAUUUCUCGGGACAGGAGAUUGAUGUGGAGAUUGAGCUGACUGCUAAUCAUAUGGGUCGUUUCGAAAUGUUCCUUUGCCCGAACAACAACGCAUACUACGAAGCAACGCAGGAGUGUUUCGAUCGGUAUCCGCUCUUUUUGACAGGAACGCAAGAAGUUCGGUACACUAUACCGCCCGAAUCAGGGAAGAAAGAGAUUUUCAGAUAUCGCGUGAAGUUGCCUCGGUUCAUUACCUGUACGCAGUGCGUCUUACAAUGGACUUACUACACCGGCAAUAUGUGGGGAAGAUGCGACAACGGCACGGAAGGCGUCGGCUGUGGGAAACCGGAGACAUUCAGGAACUGUGCUGAUAUUAGUAUAGUAUCGAACACGGGCGGUAUUCCGCCCAUAUUCGUGGAAAACAAGAAUCCGUUCUUGCUAUAUUACAGGGAUUUACGAGCUCCCGAACCGGACAAUGUGUUCCCACUUGUAAUACGAGAUCAAGUUUGCUAUCCUACCAGGGCCUACCGAGAUUUCAUCGGUAUGGAUGAAUGGUGCCAGAACAAUUGCCUCCGCUACCCACCCAACUGUCCGGAAUCGGUGUGCCACUGUCCGCAAACCUGCGAAGCGAUCGGUGAACUGGAGGGCCGUGAAGGUGCCGAUGUGUACUGUAUGGAUGAGUGCCUGACCUACAAGUCGAGCUGCCCGAGGGAACGGUGCCACUGUUACUAAUUACGUACCGAAGGGAAUGCUGAACUUUGCGCGAAUGAAAAACUAAUACCGAUUUCUGGAUACGAUUCGAACCGCACGUACGAUGAGAUUAUUAUGCAGUGUGAUGGGGGACUGCAGGAGGGAGGAGGUGUUCAUAGCAAUUCGACGCAGAUAAUUAUUAUUUUCGUAUUAAUAGAAAAGAGAAACUUGCCGUUUACAUUAAAAUAGACAAACUAUGUGAGCAUCUAGGGAUAGUAAAAGAACUUAUUUCAGCAGGUGAGAAGCAGAUCUUAGGCAAACUGUACAUUUUACCUGAAGCAAUAGAUUUGUGUUCUGUAGAGUUUGUGUAAAUGUGGUCGUUCUGUAUGUACCGCGAGACCUAAUCGGAUCGAUAUCUGAUUGAAUAAAAAAAAACGUAUAGA